GGCCUGGCCCCCCUCGACAGCCGCCACACCGACGCCGAGGUCGCGGAGAGCUGGCGCAAGGAGAAAGAAACGUUGGAUGCUCUGGUAAAGUCUGAACAUAUGACAGAUGAGAUCAAAACUCAGUUAAAUGAUCUUUGUAGAUUUUCCAGAGAUUUGAGUACUCAUUCUUCAAAAGUUUCAGGGUUGAUUAAGGAGUAUAACAGCCUCUGCCUGCAAGCUUCAAAAGGAUGUCAGAGCAAAGAGCAGAUCUUGCAGCAAAGAUUUCGGACGGCUUUCAGGGACUUCCAGCAGUGGGUGGUCAAUGCAAAAGUCACCACAGCCAAAUGCUUUGAUGUGCCUCAAAAUAUCAGUGAAGCUUCAGCAAGUCUACAGAAAAUACAGGAAUUCUUAUCGGAAAGUGAGAAUGGGCAACAAAAACUAAACCUGGUAGCAUCCAAAGGAGAACUGCUGUGCUCUGUUUUACCAAAGGAAAAGGCUAAAGUUAUCCGGGACAAAUUGACUACCGCUAAAGACGACUGGAAAAAUUUUAUGACCACCCUCCACCAGAAGGAAUCUGCCUUGGAGGACUUAAAGAUCCAGAUGAAGGACUUUGAGGCAACUGCUGAGCCUCUGCAGGAGUGGCUGACCACAACAGAGAAGAUGGUGCAAGGAAGUAGCAGUCGGCUCCAUGAUCUUCCUUCCAAGAGGAGAGAACACCAAAAGUUGCAGUCUGUCCUUGAGGAAAUAAGCUGCCACGAGCAUCAGCUCAACAGGCUAAAAGAGAAAGCUCAGCAGCUGUGGGAAGAGCAAGCUGUCAGCAAAAGCUUUAUGCGCAGAGUGUCUCAAUUGUCUUCUCAGUAUCUUACUCUGAGCAAUCUGACAAAGGAGAAAGUUUCCAGAAUGGAUAGGGUUGUAGCGGAGCACCAGCAGUUCUUGCAUAGUGUCAAGGACCUCCAGGACUGGGUGGCUGAUGCAGUUCACAUGCUGGAUUCCUACUGUCAUCCCACUGCAGACAAGAGUGUUCUGGACAGCCGGAUGUUAAAGCUAGAGGGACUGCUAGCAGUGAAACAAGAAAAAGAAAUCCAAAUGAAAAUGGUUCUGACAAGAGGAGAAUCUGUUCUACAAAAUACUUCUGCGGAGGGAGUACUAGUGAUUGAACAGCAGUUGCAAACCCUGAAGGACAGCUGGGCUUCUCUUCUGUCUGCUUGUAUCCAGUGCAAGAGUCAACUGGAAGGAGCUCUUUCCAAAUGGACAAGUUACCAGGAUGAUGUUCGUCAGUUUUCGAGCUGGAUGGAUAAAGUAGAAGCAAGUGUGAAUGCUUCUGAAAGGCAAUAUGCUGAACUAAGGGAAAAAACAGCUGCCCUCAGCAAAGCAAAGCUACUCAGUGAAGAGGUGUUGAGUCACAGCAGCCUGUUGGAGACCAUUGAAGCAAAAGGAAGUGGGAUGACUGAGCAUUAUGUCACUCAGCUUGAACUCCAGGACCUUCAGGAGCGGUAUAAGUUCCUCAAAGACAGAACAAGGGAGGCAGUAACAAAAGCUGAAGGACUGCUUAACUUACAUCAAGAGUACCAAAGAAAUCUGAAGGCCUUUGAAGUAUGGCUGGAGAAGGAACAGGAAAAACUUGACUGUUCAUCACAUCUUGAUGGUGAUGCCCAGAAACAGGAGGCAACACUCCGAGACUUACAGGAACUGCAGGUCCACUGUGCAGAAGGACAAGCAUUAUUGAAUGCUGCUGUCCAUGCCAGAGAGGAGGUGAUUCCUUGGGGCAUUCCCCAGAUAGAAGACCGAACUCUGGAAUCCUUACGGCAGGAUUGGCAAGUUUAUCAGCACAAGCUUUCUGAAUCAAGAAGCAAAUUAAAUGCCACUGUGAGCAAACUGAGGUUAAUGGAGAAAAAAUUUCAGAAGGUUAAUGACUGGCUAACAGACCUGGAGAAGAAAGUUGCUAUCAGGACUGGGAGGCAGUCAGGUAGAGCAACAAAGGAGAUGCAGCUUCAACAAAUGAAGAAGUGGCAUGAAGAAAUUACAAUCUACAAAGAUGACGUGGAGGAAGUUGGAGUAUUGGCUCAGCAGAUACUAGAGGAAAGUCUCACUGCAAGUAGAAUGGGAAGCCAGGCUACACAGCUUACAUCUCGCUACCAAACUCUUCUUCUUCAUGUCUUGGAGCAAAUAAAGUUUCUGGAAGAAGAAAUACGCUGUAUGGAGGAGUCAGAAUUGGCUUUUAGUGCUUACACAAAUUGGUACGGAGCAACCAACAAGAACUUCAGAAAUGUGAUCACCAAGUUUGACGUGGUUGCCAAAACAGCAAUGGAGAAAAAAGUACAGAAACUAGAGCUGUUAUUGAGUGAUAUGGACAUAGGCCACAGUUUAUUGAAAUCUGCCCGUGAGAAGGGGGAGCGAGCUAUAAAGUACAUGGAAGAAAAUGAAGUUGACCAGUUAAGAAAAGAAAUUGGCGAUCACGUGGAACAGCUUGAAGACCUGGCUGGCUCCAUCAGGAAAGAGCAUAUGACUUCAGAGAAGUGCCUUCAGCUGGCAAAGGAGUUCUCAGACAAGUACAAGGCACAGACUCAGUGGGUCACGGAGUAUCGAGCUGUGUUACAUGCUCCAGCGGAGCCAAAGAGCGAACUCUAUGAGAAGAAGGCCCAGUUGUCCAAAUAUAAGUCCAUACAGCAGACUGUUCUGUCCCAUGAGCCUUCAAUAAAAUCAGUGAUUGAAAAGGGCGAAGCACUUUUUGAUCUAGUGAAUGAUGUGACUCUUAAGAACAACAUUCAAGACCUUCAGAGCAGUUACCAGGAACUCUGCAGCACAACAAAGGCAUAUGUUGAAAACUUAGAGGUGAGAGUAAAAGAACACGAGGAUUACAAUAGUGAUCUGCAAGAAGGGGAGAAAUGGUUAUUGCAUAUGUCCAGCAGGCUGGUCAGCCCUGACCUCAUGGAGAGUAACAAUCUUGAAAUAAUCACUCAGCAACUAGCUAACCACAAGGCUAUCAUGGAAGAAAUUACAGGAUUUGAAGAUCGUUUGAACAGCCUUAAGUGUAAAGGCGAUUACUUGAUCAAUCAAUGUGCAGAACAUCUUCAAGCAAAAUUUAAGCAAAACAUACAAAGCCAUCUUCAGGGGAUGAAGGAUAGCUAUUCUGCCAUAUGUAGCACAGCUCAAAGAGUAUACCAGAGUUUGGAACAUGAACUCCAGAAGCAUGUUAAUCAUCAGGAUACUCUACAACAGUGCCAGACUUGGCUGUCUACAGUGCAGUCAGAGCUAAAGCCAACUACCUGGCCGCCUUUCAGCCUGGCAGAUGCAGUUAAACAGGUAAAACAUUUCCGGGCUCUGCAGGAGCAGGCCAAUACAUACUUGGAUCUUCUGUGCUCCAUGUGUGAUCUGUCAGAUGCCACAGUGAAGAGUACAGCAACAGAUAUUCAACAAACAAAACAAACGAUUGAGCAAAAGAUAAUGCACUCACAGUAUUUGGCUCAAGGUUGGGAAGAGAUCAAACAAAUGAAGGCUGAGCUCUGGAUAUAUUUCCAGGAUGCAGAUCAACAACUACAGAAUUUGAAAAGGAGACGGGCAGAGUUGGAGCUAAACAUUGCCCAGAAUAUGGUACUCCAGGUUAAGGAAUUCAGUCAUAAGUUGCAGUCUAAGCAGUCAGCUCUUACCUCUGUGACUGAGAAGAUGAACAAGCUAACCCAAGGACAGGAAUCACCUGAACACAAGGAAAUAGGAGAACUGAGCAACCAGUGGCUGGACCUCUGCCUUCAGGCACACAGUUUGCUUAUACAGAGAGAGGAGGAUCUGCAGAGGACGGGGGAUUACCAUGAUCGCAUGAAUGUAGUUGAAACUUUCUUGGAAAAGCUCACAAAAGAGUGGGACAACCUGGCUAGAUCUGAUGCUGAAAGUACAAAUGUGCACCUUGAAGCUUUGCAAAAAUUGGCACUGGCACUACAGGAAAGGAGAUUUGCUCUGGAAGAUUUGAAAGAUCAGAAACAGAAGAUGACAGAACAUCUGAAUCUUGAUGACAAAGAAUUAGUAAAGGAGCAAUUUGGUCAUUUCGAGCAACGCUGGACUCAGCUGGAGGACCUUGUCAAAAGGAAAAUUCAAGUUUCUGUUUCAACUUUAGAAGAACUCAGUUUGGUGCAUUCCAAAUUUCAGGAACUAAUGGAAUGGGCAGAAGAGCAGCAACCUAGUAUCUCAGAGGCUCUUAAACAGAGCCCUCCUCCAGAUUUGGCUCAGAGUCUUCUCAUGGAUCAUCUUACUAUUUGCAGUGACCUUGAAGCCAAACAAAUUGUUCUGAAGACGCUUGUGAAAGAUGCUGAUAGGGUGAUGACCAACCUAGGGCUCAAUGAAAGGCAGGAGCUUCAGAAAGCACUUUCUGAUGCACAGUACCAUGUAGAUUGUCUCAGUGACCUGGUUGGCCAGAGGAGAAAGCACCUGAAUAAAGCACUGUCUGAAAAGACCCAGUUUCUCAUGGCAGUCUUUCAGGCUACAAACCAAAUUCACCAGCAUGAGAAGAAGGUAACGUUUCCAGAACACAUUUGUCUGUUGCCAGAAGAUGUGAACAAACAGAUCAGGACUUGUAAGAAUGCCCAGGCUAACCUGAAGGCCUAUCAAAAUGAAGUCACAGGGUUGUGGGCUCAAGGAAGAGACUUAAUGAAAGAAGCAACAGAACAAGAAAAGAGUGAAGUGUUAGGUAAACUGCAAGAACUACAGAAUGUGUAUGACACCGUUUUACAAAAGUGUAACCAGCGGUUGUUAGAACUGGAGAAAAAUAUAGUUUCCAGGAAAUAUUUCAAAGAAGACUUGGAUAAAGCUUGUCAUUGGCUAAAACAAGCUGAUAUUGUCACAUUCCCAGAAGUCAAUGUAAUGAAUUCUAACUCUGAACUAUACAGCCAGUUGGCAAAAUAUCAACAGAUUCUUGAGCAGUCUCCAGAAUAUGAGAAUUUGUUGCUUGCACUGCAAAGAGAUGGCCAAGAAAUCCUACCGUCACUUAAUGAAGUGGAUCAUUCUUAUCUAGAUGAAAAACUUAACAUUCUCCCUCAGCAAUUCAAUAUUGUCACUGCUCUGGCAAAAGAAAAAUUAUAUAAGAUUCAGGAAGCAAUUUAUGCCAGAAAAGAGUAUGCCUCUUUAAUUGAGUUGACAAGUAAAGCUCUGAUUGAGCUAGAAGAUCAGUUUGUUAACAUGGACAAAGCUCCAGCUGCUAUUUUAGCCAAAGAAGCUGCGUCACUCCAGCAGGCCUACAGAGAUCUCUUGGGUGAAGUGGUGAGCCUUGGUGCAGCAGUGGAUGAACUAAACCAGAAGAAGGAGGCCUUUCGAAGCACUGGCCAGCCAUGGCAACCAGACGAGAUGUUAAAACUUGUCACACUGUAUCACAAGUUGAAGAGGCAAAUAGAACAGAAAAUCAACCUGUUGGAAGACACAAUAGAAGAAUGCCAGGAGCAUGAGAAAAUGUGUAUGCAGUUUGAGGCACAACUAGAGGCAGUGAAGAAGGAGCAGAUUAAGGUAAAUGAGGAAACUCUUCCCAUAGAAGAAAAGUUGAAAAUAUACCAUUCUCUGGUGGGCAGCUUGCAAGACUCGGGGAGUCUCCUGAAGCGAAUAACUGAACAUCUAGAAACCCUUUCCCCUCAGCUUGACUCAUCUGCAUGCGAGACAACGAAUCACCAAGUGCAGUCUUGGCAAGAGAAGCUAAAGUCUUUGCAUGCUGCCAUUGGUGACACUGUGAUGGAGUGCGAGAACAGACUUGUGCAAAGCAUAGACUUCCAGACAGAAAUCUGCCGCUCACUCGACUGGUUGAGAUGGGUGAAAACAGAACUUAAUGGAACAUUAAGUUUGGACCUCAAACUGCAAAGCAUCCAAGAAGAAAUCCGAAAGGUUCAGAUACAUCAGGAAGAAGUGCAGUCAAGCCUGAGAAUAAUGAAUGCACUGAGCAAUAAAGAGAAAGAGAGAUAUAUGAAAGUGAAGGAGUUGAUACCUGCUGACCUGGAAAACACUCUUGCUGAGCUGACAGAACUAGAUGGUGAAGUUCAAGAAGCUAUACACAUGAGACAGGCUACCUUGAAUAAAUUAUAUAGCCUCUGCCAAAGAUACUACCAAGUGAUGCAGCUAGCAAAUGACUGGCUUGAAGAUGCUCAGGAAUUUCUGCAUUUAGCAAGAAAUGGUCUUGAUGUUGAAAACUCUGAGGAGAACCUAAGGAACCACAUUGAAUUUUUCAGCACAGAAAGUCAGUUCAGUAACCAUUUGAAGGAGUUACAGGGCCUUGUGUCUGAGAUAGAGCCCUUUAUCCAAGCCACAGCAAGAGAGCAGCUGAUGCAGAAUGUAGCUGCAUUGGAGGAAAAGGCCAAAGGGACAAAGCAAGAAGCCAAAACCCAGCAAGAGCAGUUACAAAGGUGUGCUUCUGAGUGGCAGGAGUACCAAACAGCAAGACAGAAGGUUAUUGAAGUGAUGAAUGAGGCUGAGAAAAAAUUAUCUGAAUUCUCAGUAGCUAAAGCUGCUUCUUCUCAUGAGGCAGAAGAGAAAUUGCUAACACAUAAGACCCUUGUGUCUGUAGUGAAUUCUUUCCAUGAGAAGAUCACAGCCUUAGAAGAAAAGGCUUCACAGCUGGAAAAAGUUGGCAAUGAUGCCAGUAAGGCAACUAUAAGCAGAUCCAUGACAACAGUUUGGCAGCGCUGGACACGUCUCCGGAAUGUAGCUCAAGAGCAAGAGAAAGUUUUGGAAGAUGCAGUGCAGGAAUGGAAGGACUUUAAUGAUAAGAUUCAGAAAGCCACUGUAGCAAUAGAUCAGCUACAAGGUCGCUUACCAGAAAGCUCAGUGGAAAAGGCAUCCAAGUCAGAGCUCCUGGAACUCCUUGAUUACCACAGCAAUUUUCUUCUGGAGGUGGAUCACCAGCUGUCAUCUUUGGGUCUGCUUAAACAGCACGCUGGCAGCAUGCUUCAGGAUGUGGAAGUAAAGUCUCUGUCUCAGGAGGAGCUACCGGUCGUGCAAGAAAUCAAAGCAAUGCAAGAUCGAUGCCACAAUAUGCAGCAGAAAGUGAAAAAAGGUGUGAAGAUGGUGAAACAGGAGCUGAAGGAGCGCGAGGAGGUUGAAGCAGAGAUUAAUGUUGUGAAGUCCUGGAUCCAGGAAACAAAAGAAUAUUUAUUAAGCCCUGAUGCAGAAGUGGAUACUCAACUUCAGGAGCUGCAGUCUCUCCUUGGUGAAGUAAUUACUCAUCGCCAGGCUGUUGAAAAAAUGGCUGAACAACAACAGAAUAAAUACUUGGGGCUUUAUACCAUUUUGCCUUCUGAACUCUCUCUUCAUUUAGCAGAAGUUGGGCUGGCCCUUGUAACUGUACAGGAUCAGAUUCAAACCAAAGAAAGAGAAACUCAGCAGAUCAAAACAUUGAAUGAAGAGUUUGGUCAGAAAAUCCAGGGGGUAGCAAAUGAACUAAAUGCCAUUCUUUCCAAACUGAAAAAGAAAACAAAUGAUAUAGCAGAAGCUAAACUGGAACAAAAGAUGCUUGGUGAAGAGUUGGACAACUGCAAUAUAAAGCUGUUGGAAUUAGAUGCAUCAGUUCAGGACUUUGCAGAGCAGAACGUGCCACUGGCUAAGCAGCUGGCUAACAGGAUAGGAAAGCUCACUGCAUUUCACCAACAGACCGUACGGCAGGCUGAGUACAGAGCAGCCAAGCUCAGUCAGGCUGCUUCACACUUGGAGGAAUACAAUGAGAUGCUGGAGUUCAUAUUGAAAUGGAUUGAGAAAGCAAAUAUACUAGUGCACGGUAGUAUAACAUGGAAUUCUUCCUCUCAACUUUGUGAUCAGUUUAAAGCCUACCAGACUAUGCUUGAUGAGUCUGGAGAGAUUCAUGGGGACCUUGAGGCCAUGAGUGAGAGGAUUGAGUAUCUGGCAAGUGUAUACUGUACUGAAGGAAUGUCACAGCAAGUGCUGGAUCUGGGGCGGCGGACAGAGGAAUUGCAGCAGGUUAUCAAAGUGCGGCUACCAAGUCUCCAAGAUGCUGCUAAGGACAUGAAGAAAUUUGAAGUUGAGCUGAGAGCCCUGCAGGCUGCUCUGGAGCAAGCCCAAGCCACACUGACCUCUCCAGAGCUCGGGCAUUUGAGCUUGAAAGAGCAACUUUCUCACAGACAGCAUCUGUUGUCUGAAAUGGAGUCACUGAAACCAAAAGUUCAUGCAGUACAAGUCUGUCAGAGUGCCCUGAGGAUUCCUGAAGAGGUGGUCACCGGCCUGCCAAUGUGCCACAGUGCCCUCCGGCUCCAGGAGGAGGCCAGCCGCCUGCAGCACACUGCCAUUCAGCAGUGCAACAUCAUGCAGGCAAGUGUAACUCCAUCCCAUAAG